UCAAGUUCAGUUUGAUCGUUAAUCUUAGCCCAAUCCCACCGACACACAGCAAUCUUGUUGGUCAACCUAUAAUCUUCAUCGGAAAAACCACCAUGAAUCCGGCUAAAGAGUUAUUGAAUACAUCGUUUCUUCUCUCCCUACUUGUUUUCCGAUUUUGCAUUUCCCUUGACACCAUUUCCCCAAACCAGCCCGUUAAAGACGGUGACAUCUUGGUUUCGAAAGGAAAAACCUUCGCACUUGGGUUUUUCAGCCCGGGAAACUCUGGCCGCCGCUACGUCGGAAUAUGGUAUAACAAAGUUCCUCAACAAACCGUUGUGUGGGUGGCAAACAAAGACAACCCUCUCAAUGACACCUCUGGAGUCCUCUCCAUCAACGGCCAUGGAAACCUCGUCCUUAACAGCCAAAACCGAAGCACCCCAAUCUGGUUUACAAACGCUUCAAUCUCAACCACGAACAAUUCUAUGGCUCAACUCUUAGAUUAUGGGAAUCUUGUUUUGGUUCUACGAGACAGUCAAAGGGUUACAUGGCAGAGCUUCGACUAUCCCAGCAAUACUAUGCUUCCGUUGAUGAAACUUGGGCUGGACCGGCGGACCGGGCUCAGCCGAUACCUAACAUCUUGGAAGUCCGAAGAUGACCCGGGAACCGGAAGCUUCUCAUUGGGGAUUGACCCAAUUGGGUACCCACAAUUUUUGUUAAAUAAGGGCGCAACUCCAUGGUGGCGGGCCGGACCUUGGACUGGCGAAAGAUUUAACGGUCUACCUGAAAUGAAUCAUAGUCCUAUUAUCAAAGCCAGUUACGUGAAUAAUCAAGAUGAGGUCACGCUUAUGUAUAAUGUAACUGACCCUGGAGUUUUUACUAGACUGGUGUUGAAUGAAUCAGGAAUCGUUAAUCGAUUCACGUGGGUUGAGGCAACAUGGUUCGUGGUUUGGUCUGAUCCGAAAGAGCCGUGCGAUAUGUACAAAGAGUGCGGUCCAAAUAGUUAUUGCGACCCGUACAAUCCAGACAAGUUCCAGUGCACAUGCUUACCUGGGUUUGAACCCAAUUCGACCCGUAAUUGGUACUUGAGAGACGGGUCGGGCGGGUGUGUGAGGAGGCAGGGAGUAUCCGUGUGCCGCAGUGGAGAAGGGUUUGUGAAGUUGGCACGUAUGAAGUUACCGGAUACUUCAAUAGCACGUGCGGACAUGAAUCUGAGUUUGGAGGAGUGUAGGCAGGAGUGCUUGAGGAAUUGUUCUUGUACGGCUUACACCAGGGCAGACGUGAGAAGGGGAGGGAUUGGGUGCUUGGCAUGGCACGGGGAUUUGGUGGACACUAGAAUCUUCUCCAAUGCAGGACAAGAAUUAUAUAUACGUGUGGAUGCAGUUGUGCUAGCUCAAAAUUCAAAGAAAAAAGGCCUUAUUAGGAGCAAGAAGAUAUUGGCAGUUCUUAUAGUUUCUGUUGCUGUAAUGUUGCUUCUUUUGGUCUCCAUUGGAUAUUGGCUGGUAAUGAAGAACAAAAGAGGGAGCAGAAGACAAGUCGCAUUGUUUAAUGACGAUACAAAUGGCGCACAAUCAUUUCUUCGAGAUUUUGCGAAGCUUGAUGAAACUAGAAGAAAACCAGAUGUGCAAUAUUUCGAUCUGAGCACCAUAGUUGUUGCCACGGACGAUUUCUCCCUGUCUAAUAGGCUUGGACAAGGUGGUUUUGGCCCGGUCUAUAAGGGUCAACUAGCGAAUGGACAGGAAAUAGCGGUGAAAACACUCUCAAAAAGUUCAAAACAGGGCACUGAAGAAUUUAAGAACGAAGUUAAGCUGAUAGCGAAACUCCAACAUAGGAAUCUUGUGAGGCUUUUUGGUUGUUGCAUUCACAAAGGAGAGAAAAUGUUGAUCUAUGAAUACAUGCCAAACAAAAGUCUUGACUUUUUCAUCUUCGAUGAAAUAAAAAGGAAAUUGUUAGAUUGGAGAAAGCGAUUUGACAUUAUUUCUGGAAUUGCUCGAGGAGUCUUAUAUCUUCACCAAGAUUCAAGGCUAAAAAUCAUCCACAGAGACCUAAAAGCAAGUAACGUUCUACUGGAUGCGGCAAUGAAUCCAAAAAUUUCAGAUUUUGGGUUGGCUAGAAUGUUUGGUGAUGAUCAAGAUGAAGCAAAUACAAGAAAAGUUGUUGGCACAUAUGGAUACAUGUCUCCAGAGUAUGCAAUGGAAGGGUUAUAUUCUAUAAAAUCAGAUGUCUUUAGCUAUGGUGUCUUGACACUAGAGAUAAUCAGUGGCAAGAGAAACAAUUAUUAUCACAUCGGAAGUCCUUCCCUAAAUUUGAUUGGAUAUGUAUGGGACCUAUGGAUGGAUGGCAAAGCCUUGGACGUAGUCGAUCCAUCAUUGGGUCAGGAAUAUCCCACUCAUGAAGUUCUGAGAUGCAUUCAAAUUGGGCUCUUAUGUGUGCAAGAACAAGCCACAGAUCGGCCAACCAUGCUUGAAAUUGUCUUCAUGCUUAGAAAUGAAGGAACUGUUCCAUCUCCUAACAAGCCAGCAUUUAUCAACAGAAGUUACAAAACCAAUAAUUCUGGUCUGGAUUCCUCAAGCUCUAAAGGACCACCUACUUCCUUAAAUGAGUUGACCACCACCAUGCCUGAAGGUCGUUAAACUUGUGUACAACUAUUUGAUCUCUACAUUUGUAAAAGUUGGUCUGUAAAACUAUGAAUGUUAAGUAACAUGAUACUUCUGAGUUUUA